CUGAGAGAAGUUAGAGAAAAAGUCUGCUGUCAUAUUCACAUGAAAGGAUACUUCUCUCUUCUCAUUUUCCGUUGCAUCACUAUAAAUACAAAGUAUUUGAAUUUCUGACAAGCACAGCAGCAGAGUGUGUCAGCGCUGGAUGUGAAGAUGGGGCACACUUUGCUCUGUGUGCUGGCGUUAUUCUUGCUGAGCACGCUCCUCUAUGGACAAGAUGAAGGGCAGAAUGGGGAACAAGAUAGACACACUGAGGGCCCUGAUGUGAAGGAAGGGCUAACAGGUGCUACAGUCAGUUACAACGGUCUGCCCCAAUAUUCCAAUAACAGUGGUGAUGCAGUCCUGGAGAGUCCUGCAUCCGCUGUGUUUAAAGGAGACUCAGUGACUAUGCGCUGCAGGCAGCGUAAUCCAAGCAAUGACAUGGACGCUGCCUUUUUCAAAGACGGAUCACCUCUUGUAAUUGACACAAACCAUCAGUCACGAGGAGCAGAAAUGACCAUUUCUUCAGUCUCCAAGUCAGAUGAGGGCACUUACACGUGCGAGUUUGGUGACAGGACAGAAUCUGAGGCAAAAGAACUGAGAGUGAGAGCACGCAGACGUGUGGUCACACUGAGAGCAGAUAAGACCACCAUACCAGUGGGGGGCCAUGUGACUCUGACCUGUGAUGUGGAGGGUGCUACUGGCUUGGAAAAUCUAUGGAUCAGAUAUACCUCGGACUCUUCAGAAAAACCUGUCGAUAUUAAAAAUGGUUAUCAAUAUGACAUCUCACAUGGAGGCAAAUACACCUGCCAAGGAUUGAGAAGGGAACCAGAUUUCUUCACAUCUCAAAGUAAUGCAGUCAUCAUUCAGGAAACUGUUUCCAACAAAGCCACUGUGACCCUUCAACCCAACUGGCUUCAGAUAUUCAGUGGUGAGAAGAUGACUCUGAGAUGUGAGAUCCAGGGAGGUGGAGACACUGGGUGGACAUAUGACUGGAGUACAACCAGCGAAUACACACCUCCAACAGGAAAAGAUUACAUUAUCAGCAGUGCUGCUGGGUACCACAGUGGACAAUACAGUUGUAUGGGCAGAAGAGACUCCUAUUCCUCAACACAGUGGAGUGAUGUCAUCACAUUGACAGUCUUGUCAUACAGACCACGGGCCAGACUGAGUGCUGACAAUGAAGACAUUCCUGUAGGGGGCAGUGUAACGCUGACCUGCUCUGUGAGCCCAUCAUCAUCAUCUGGUUGGAAAUACUUCUGGUACAGAGGAGAGAAAACCUCUAAACCCCUGACCACACAAGAUUAUAUCUUCUUCUCAGAUGGAAAAAUCAUUGUCUCACAGGGAGGACUCUACUGGUGCAGAGGAGGAAGAGGAGACCCUGUUUACUACACAGGAUACAGUGGUUCAGUCCGUGUCAACAAAAUAAUCACAAACAGGCCUGUAGUGACUCUGCAUCCAAACUGGCCUGAGAUAUGCUUUGGAGAGAUGAUCACACUGACAUGUGAAAUUAAGAACAAAGGAGACAAUGAGUGGGAGUAUGAGUGGAAACACCGCUCAAACACACUUCGAAAACAAAGCGAAUACAUGAUUGGAUAUGCAUCGACAUUAGACAGAGGAGACUACAAGUGCAGGGGCAGAGUGAAAGGUGAAACGUCUUCAACAGAGUGGAGUGAUGCUUUCAGAUUGAGAGUAUCUUCCAAUAAACCUCAGCCUGUCCUCACUGUGUCUCCAUUAUGGCUGAGUCCUGGAGCCUCAGUAACUCUGAACUGCAGUGUUGAACAUCCAUCUGCAGGAUGGAGGUUCUUCUGGUAUAAGGCUGUUCCCAAACUGUCAGACAACUCCUACAGCUAUGAGCUGAUACCUGGCAGCAUCAAUGGGACUGAACAGGAUUCCUACAUUGUUGAUGGACAGACACACACAGAAGGAUAUGUGUGCAGAGCUGGAAGAGGAGAUCCAGUGUAUUAUACUCAUUACAUUGAACCUAAGUGUGUCUGGUCUGGAGAUUCUCAUUCAGCAGCGUCUCUCACAGUGAGUCCUGACAGAAUUCAACACUUCAGCAGAGAGCCUGUGUCACUGAGCUGUGAGGGAAACUCUACUGAGUGGAGAGUGAGCAGGUUUUCUGUAGAUGGCUACCUGGGACACUGUUCUUCUUCUUCUUCUUACUGGGGGACCAUGACUGGAUCCAGAUGUAACAUGAACAGUCACUGGCAGAGUGGAGUCUACUGGUGUGAGUCUGAAACAGGACAGUUCAGCAAUGCAGUCAGCAUCACUAUACAGUAUGGUGAUAUUAUCCUGGUGAGCCCUGUCCAUCCUGUUACUGAGGGAGAUUCUGUCACUCUUGGCUGCAAAUUGAGGACAGAAAAAGUUCCUUAUAAUGUGGAUUUCUAUAAAAAUGACAAACUCGUCCAAAAUGUUACUGGAGGGGAGCUGACUAUCUCUGCAGUGUCAAAGUCAGAUGAAGGCUUUUAUAAAUGUAAAGGGAAAGAUUCACCAGAAGGUCGGCAGACUUGGAUGUCACCAGAGAGUUGGAUGUCAGUAAAAUCAGCGCCCAGGCAUGAACAAAGCCCUCCAUUUCCUGUGCUGUUGAUUGUUGGGCCGGUUUGUGGAGUUUUACUGAUUCUUCUCCUGCUGCUGUUUCUGUAUCUCUACAGAAAGUCAAAAGAUUCAUGCUUUAUGAGGUCUCAGAGCAGCAGUCGGGGCCCUGCUACAGACCACAUGAUCAACCAGGAUGAAACUCAGCUCAAAGAAUAUGCUCCUCCUCUCCAUGGCGAUGCUGUUCUCUAUGAAUCAAUCAAAGGCUUUGAAGAACCUGAACAUGGUGAAUCCAGUGAUGUCACAUAUUCUGUGGUUGAGCUCAAAAACAUCGCUAAAAAGGGGAACAAAAAAGAGGAGCCAGAGGAGAGUGCAGUUUACUCAGAUGUGAAGAUAAGAUCAGCUACAGACAACAAUGUGAUGUAUGCCCAAGUAAACUCUCACAGUAAAGCCAAGAAAGACAAAGGAAAAUCACGUCCUGCAGCGGCGGAUGAAACUGUUUAUUCAGAGGUCAAACCAGGAAAAGCUCUUGAUCAAUAGAGAGAUCUGCAUCGACAAAACCAGUAGAAUGGAUGACAACAUGAAUAACUACAUCAGUGUUUAAACAGUAUUUGCUAUUUUUAUUUAAUUAUUGUGUGCAGCUCCGCUAUGCAAAUAUCAGACAUUAUUCUGUACAGUUAAACUAAUGGCAGGUCAUUUAAAGAAAAUGAUUAUAUGGGUCUUAAGCUUCUGUAUUGUUAAAAGUAUGGUUGACCAUUUCUUGUAUCAAUAAACUUUUGUU